AUGCAGUCGUCGACAUUUGGAGGGCCAGCGCGGCCUCCAGCUACCGCAACCCUUUCCUCCAUCCUCGCAAAGGCCAACUCGCUCAACAAUGUUGACUACGAUCCCGAGCUCCCCCAGAUCCGCUUCAACAUUGACGAGAUUGAGCGCAUGAGCGAGGCCGCCGCCGGCAAGGGCAAGCGCUCCAGGGCAACUAUUGCUGAAGGCCACACCCUCCUCUCCAACCUCGGCGUCAACACAUCGCGCAUUAGCCACGAGAUUGCCCAGCUCGCUACGGCCGAGCCCAGCCGCCCCAGGCGGCGGAAGCAAGGAGGCCGCCUUGCGCCACUCGGCGACCUCGGGCCAGCGUACGCGGUCGGUGACACGGAUGUUGGCGCGUGGGGUCGCAAUUGGCACGAGAUGGUGAUCUUGAGCGGGAUCGAGGGGCAGCGGCAGAAGACGGUCAAGGCGUUUCAGGAACAGUUCCAGGCGCGCAUGCUCUCGAGCUGGGAGACUGAGAAGAACCGCGUGCUCCAGGACGAGCUUGGCGUCACAGAUGAUGAACUCGCGCGGGCCACGAGUGGCGCGCAGUCGGCGGUUGGUACGAGCACCCUCGGCCGCUCUCGCCUCAGCGCCAGCACACGUCGCUUCCCCCUUGCACAGUCGACGCUGGGUAAGAGUACGGCGGGCGAGCGCGAGGGCGGCAUGGCCAUGCACAACAAGGCGAUCAAGUACGACAAGGUUGUCAAGAUGCUCAACCAGCGCCGCUUGCGGCGCGAGCCUUUCGAGUUGUGCCAGGCGUUCGAGGCGACUGUCAAGAACGACACAAAACACCCCAUGCUCCCGAAGGGGUACCACAUCCUCGCGUACAUGACGCAGGAAUCGUCGCUGCGCGAGGCUGAGUUUGGAGUUGGGCCGAGCACCGCCGAGCCUGUCCUCGAGCGGCAGUAUGCGCAGGCGUACCUCGCGCCGCGCGGGAGCAAUGCCAGCAUCGCGCUGCAUGGGCGUCUCGUGAGCGGGGCAAGAGCGUACCUCGAACGCGACUUUGAGGACUUUAUCGACGUGACGAUCGCCAAGAACCCCAAGGACGCCAAUCUUGGUGGCGUGCCCGGUAUCGCCAACAAGGUGCGCGCGUUUGUGGACGUGACGUUGCACUCCAAGGAGCAGCAGGAGCGCUUCAACCCCCAGACGAUCGACGGCAUCAAGCUCUGGGCCCACCUCUACUACCUUCUUCGAUCUGGACACCCCUCUGAAGCCCUCGCCCUUGUCGAGGACCACAUGCACAGCUUCACGGACGACUGGUCGUUCCCGAGCGCGUUCAAGGCGUUCCUCAGCUCGCCUGAACGCCGUAUUCCCAAGAACCUGCGCGACCAGCUGUUCGCCGACUUUAACGGGCGCAUCCGCACCAAUCCCAAGGCCGACCAGUUCAAGUUUGCUCUGUACAAGCUUGUCGGGCGACUCGACGUUCAGCGCAAGACGGCCAAGGUGGCGGUCACGACCGAGGACUGGAUGUGGUUCCAGCUCAGCCUCACCCGCGAGAACAAGGACGGCGACCCACCUCAGGAGCAGUACGACGUUGCCGACCUCGGCAACCUCGUGCUCAAGUACGGCAGCGAGAAGUUUGACAGCGGCUCCAAGCCGUUCCUGUGGUUCAACCUGCUGCUCCUCACGACGCAGUUCGAGCGCGCCGUGGGAUACCUCUACUCGAAGCCGCAACUCAAAACGGACGCGGUUCACUUUGCCAUUGCGCUGCAGUACUACGGUCUGCUGCGCGUGCCGCCAGCAGACGAGACGGACAUUUUGACGGGCGCAGAUGGGGAGGACCCCGCGCUGAACUUUGCGCGCAUUAUCCAGGUGUACAUCGGUCCGUUCCACAAGGUCGAACCCCAGAGCGCACUGCAGUACGCGUACCUCGUCGCGCUGGCCUCGGACGCACCAGCGCCGACUGGCCCGGCCCAGCGGCAGUUAGCACUCGACCUCGUGCGUGAGAUUGUCAUUGGCUCGCGCGACUGGGGCAAGCUGCUUGGCAGCGUGCGCGCGGACGGGACAAAGGAGCAGGGUGUCAUCGAACGGGAUCUUGACCUUCUGCGCCUUGGCAGCGAGAAGGACUACAUCCGCGAGGUCGUGCUCGCAGCAGCCAACCAGGCGGCCCACGACGGCUCCCUCACUAACUCGGUCGAGCUCUACCACCUCGCGGCCGACUAUGACAAGGUGGUGUACGCGGUGAACCAUGCGCUUGGCCACUCGCUCGGCCAGCCAGGCGCUCCCAUUGAGGCGCAGGCUGCCCUCUCUGGUGCGUUUGGCGGCGUCUCAGAUGUGGAGGGUUUGGCAGCCCGCGUGCACGACGUCUACGCCAACGACUUUGCCAAGCGUUCCCGCAUCUCUAGCCGGAACUGGGACACGCUCGAGGUGCUUCUCAAGCUCAAGGCUGGCUUGGGACAGUUUGCGGCUGGCCGGCCAGACCUCGCCCUUGACACAUUCAGGAGCACGGACCUGCUCCCGCUCGACAACGACACGACGAGCAUUGCUCGCUACGCGGCCAACUUUAACCGCAUGCUCGACCAGCCCGUCGUCAGCAACCUGGACGACGUGAUUGUUACGACUAUGAAGUGCCUCCACCGCCUGAGCCAGCAGCUCAAGGAGAGUCCGUACGGCGACCAUGGGCGGAUGGAAGCAUUGAGCGCGCUCAAGCACCAGGCGCAGUGCCUCAUCCAGUUUGCGAGCACGCUGCGGCUCCGACUGGGUCCGGACGUGUACCGCCAGCUGUCGAGCCUGAGUGCGUUCUUCUAG